AUGCCUCCAUACAACAUGCUCGUAACUGCGCGCAGCAAUCUGAUCCAUAGAGGAUCCUGGAGCAUUUCCGAGUUCAUAGUGAUUUAUGACCGAAAUACGAGACAAAUAGAUAGCAUGCCCGGCACUAACUCUCUUGAAGCGGUAUGGCGGCUCUCUUUCCAGUCCCUAAGUCAAGACUGCGCCACCCUGCUGGGCAUCAUGUGCUACCUGACGCCAGAUUCGAUCCCUCAGGUACUAUUUGAGCCCGUCGGUGUGCAAGACCUGCCCAGUGAGCUAGAAAUUUGUCGUGAUCAGCUUGCUCUUUCCAACCUUAUUGACGAGCUACUGACGCUCGCUCUCAUCAAGCGGGAAAAGUCGGCACGCAUUCUUUCUCUGCAUCGCCUGAUGCAACAGCAAUUUCGCCAUUUUUCCUCCCCCGCCGAUAAUCAACGUUUUUUCUACUAUACAACAUGUCUUCUUUUCGAGGCAUUCCCUCAGUCAGACGCCAAGAAGGGGCAGCUCUACGACCGGUGGACCGAGUGCCAGCGGUAUUUGCAGCACGUCCUCAACCUCAAGAACCAGUACAAGGAGGCCGCGACGAGUACACAGCCACUUGUACCCAGCUUAAAAUUCCUUCUCGAAUCUGCCUCCUACACGGAAGUUCAAGAUUCCCUGGCUGUAGCCAUAUCCGCGUUUGAUGAAAUCGCGCCAGAGGAGAAGAACCAGUACUUGUACGCCGAUUUGUGCGCUUCGUCGGGUUUAGCGUGGGCACAUCGCGGUUCCUUUUCCCUCGCGCGGCCAUGGCUCGAGCAGUCGCACAAGAUCCGCUCAGCAGCCGACCCGCCCGACGGGUUGGAGCUGAGCUGGGCAGAGAUUAACAUGGCCAACCUGGAAGCCUCUGUGGGCAACUUCUCGUCGUCGCUGGAAUGGCAGAUCAAGGCGCUCCGGAACCGUCAGAGCACCGGCGGGGAAGAUGCAAAGCACAUGCACUCCCAGGCUAUCCUCUACCAGAACCUGGGACGAUGCAAGUAUCUCGUGGGUAACUUUGCGGAGGCACAGGUCUGGUGUCACAUUGCCGUAAACCUUCUCUCCGAGUCUGAGAACUGGGCUAUGCUGGCAUACACCUAUUUCGUACGCGGCAAUAUCGGCCGUGCGGAAGGUGACUUUGCUCGGGCCCAAGAGGAAUACACGCAGGCACACCGGGUAUGGCUUGAAAAGGGCCUGGUCCGCACGCACCAUUUCAAUGGCGCAUGCCUCUACAAGCUCGGAUGUGUGGCCUUUGACCAAGAUGACUCUGUGUCUGCCAUAAAACACCUGCAGGAAUCCCUCGUCAUUGCCAAACUCCAUCAGAAUGUCCUCGUCGCCGACUACGCGCGCGUGCUACGCAAACUCUCGGUCGUCUUGCGCCGCCAGCCCGGGCACGAAGCGGAGGCUGAGGCCUGGAGAGAAGAGGCCGAGGCAAUCGCACGAGUGCGCCUCGGGGUACAGGAGGGGGCUUGCAUUGCCAAUGAUGAGCAGACGUAUGAUGAACUUGUUUAUAUUCUAUGGCGCUAG